AUGGCAUCGAACUACGAUGACCAUCCUCUGGGGCUCCUCAGCGAACUGGCGAGACGCGAGCUCGUCCAUUUUCUCGAGAGCGUCCCCGGAAGAAAGGAGCUGGUCGUCGACAGUUCAUUGCUUCGUCCGCUUGAUCGAGUGGCGAGCAUGUCGCUUUUGAAAGAACACGAGGUUUUAGGUGUCUUACCUCUUCGGAAAAACGCAACGCUCCCGAAUACUUCUGACGUCAGCCGCUUGUACCUGACGCGCGCUUGCGUGGCGAUGACGAAGGAAAUUUGCAGGUUGAUACGCAGUGAUCCUGAAAAGAACAAGGCGAUAAUCUGGGUCGAUCGCCAGUUGGCAGCAUGUAGUCGCGAGCUCGAGUUACAAGGGGUGCUAGGCACGGUGAUAGAAUUCGAAUGGGCUCUUCCUUUCGUCCCCGUUGAGAGUGACCUCUUUUCGCUGGAGAUUCCGAUCGAAGUGACAGCAACGCGAACUGGUGACCUCUGGUCCGCCGCCAACGCCAUCUGGCAAUUCCAGUCUCUUUACGGCCAAAUUCCGACUAUUUAUGGUAUUGGUACUCGUGCAGACAAAGCCUGGAAAAUCUUGAAGCGACUCUACCAAGAAAAAGGCGAACCUCGCGCCAGCCCAGAUCAGCCAGUUUCGCAUCUUUUUGUCGUUGAUAGGUCUAUCGAUCGGGCUUCCAUCUAUUUAACGGCGCUCACCUACGAAUCGUUGCUGCACGAUCAUUUUGGGAUUUCUUGUGGAAAGGUCACCUUCGGGGCCGACGUCGAGGCAAAAACGCAGAAUCGAAGCAAGGAAAAGCCAGCUGAAGCUCCCGAAGCCCCGAAAAAGCCUAGACCCGUUCUGCUCGACAACAAUGAUGCCGUCUUCUCAGCGGUGCGCAACAACCACAUGUCGGCCGUCUUUCCCUUCCUGUCAGCAAAAGCCAAGGAGCUGCGCGGGUUCUACGAUCAAGGAGCCAAUUUCGACAAGGUCUCGGCGAUGAAGGACUACAUCUCCAACGAGUUGAAGCAGUACAAGCAGCAGCAUCGGCAGCUGGAGGUCCACAUUGCGGCUUGUGAGGUGGUUUUGGAGCGAACGGCGGCGGAGGGGACUUCAUCCCGGAUAGAGCUCGAGCACGCGCUCAUUGCCGGAGUGGCCGAUCUGGCUCAAGUGAUGGAUUAUGCGGAGAAUUGUAUUUUGAUGGACAAUUCCCCAUGGCAAGUUCUUCUCUUCGUCUGCCUCGCCUCCGUCACGAACAACGGGCUCCCCCCGAAGCUUUUCAACUCUUUUAAGGAUCAGUUCAUCGCGGCCUACGGUAUCGACUACAUUCCGCCGCUGCACUUUUUGGCGGAACGUGGCCUGAUUACGUUACGCUCCCCCUUGCAGACGGCCAAUAAUUUUGGGCAGUCAUUGGCGGGCGGACAUGGAAGCAAUGCCUCCCUUCCCUUCCUCAUCAAGCGGCUCUCCCUGGCCCCGAGCAGCGGCGACGAACGGAAGACCGGCUUUCAGAACCCGCAAAAGAUGAGCUACGUCUUCUCUGGCGCUUAUACUCCAGCCAUUUGCCAGGUGGUGGCCGACGUGAUGAUGCACGGGUUCAACAUCAACGAGCUGAAGAAGACGUUCAAUGGACAGGUAUUUGCCGAAGAGAACAGCUGCGUGCCCGCCGAGCGGAAGCCGGACAACCGGAUGCGGAAAGCGAUAAUGGUCUUCUUCUGUGGCGGCGUCACCUACGGCGAGGUCGCUGCUCUUCGACUGUUGGCCCAUCUGAACUCGUUCCGCAUCCUGAUCGCCACGACGAACAUCAUCCGCCGCGAGGACUAUCUGAAGGCCAUGUGCAAUGUCUCUUUGACCGAA